AUCAUAAGAGCUUAGCUAUAUUUGAUAUAUGUGUGUGUCCCUGUACACAUGUCUAUGUCUAAACAAGUAGCUCUUUCUUGCCGUUCGGGUUAUCGGUACCCGACUUUAAUUGGCUUGCCAUGGCGAAAGUGGGUAGUACGGGACGACGACGUGCGUGCGCGUGACCUUUUGACUCUUCCGUAAGCGCCUCUGAAAAAGGUGCGAGUCGUUUCGCUUAUUGCAUUUUACAAUGGGUAUACCUGCAUAUGUAUGAGAAUAGAGGAUAUUAAAAUAGCUCAAAACUCUAGAAAAAGCAUCCACAAAAGUAAAAGCAGUAGCAACUAAAAACUUUCCAGUCUCAGCUAACCAGUCCAAAUCAGCUAUGUAGUUUUUAGCACGGCUUUGGGAGUGUCGAAUGCGUUAACUGAAGCUGAAACAUACUGUGCACUAUCGAGACCCACUGUAGUGGCCAUAUGCAAAUCAAAUUGCUACCAUUUCCACAGCGAUCGCUUUUCGUGACAGCCUCCUCUCUCUAUCGCACUUAGUUCAGUGAACCGACACAUUCCCUGGUUUCGUUCCGAGCAGCAUCCUCUGUCUCUCUUGCGCAGCCUCUCUGGCCGCCCCCUCUGCCUAAGCCUCUGUUUCUGCUGUCCACACCCCUUACCAAGGUGCCAUGUAAAUGGCGGAGCCGGCUUAGGGGGUGGCAAUGCCGUGCUUUUAACCCUUAUUGGUGGCAAAUUGCGCUCGUACAUUUAGAGAAACUUCCGUUCUACGUUUCGUUUUGCUUCGUUUCGCCAAGCGAAGUAUUACAACUUGUUUGGCUAAGGGUGGGUCUACCGUCUAUUGCUCAUUUAUGGUGUUUUGAUGCAUUCUCAAGGGGUGCGGGCUGCUUUCUCGCAUGUCCUGACCCCUCAACCCUCUUUUCUCCGCAUUACGUAACUGGGCGGGGUGCACAGCGCCACAAACUCUUAUGGAGAGAGCGGUGUAACAAUUUGCCGAAAGGAGAGGAGGGGACGCAAGAGCGGCUACAACGCACAGCCGUGCCAGAAAUCCUGCGCUCGCCCCAGAAGCAUCCUGUUCCUGUGACGCAGCGGAUCUGGUCUCGCGUUCGCUCCACUACCUCCACUUCCUACACCUACAGUACACAUAUCACAUGAACUUAAAACUAGUGAACGGAUUAAUUAAGAACGAAUCACAAAACAAAAGCUCGCUAAUCGCGCCGACACAGCAGAAGCGUAAAUUCAGAAAAGUUUAGUUCUUCAGUGCCGAAGUGGACUUUAUCAUGGCAAAUACCGGAGCUGGCGGCGGAGUGGACACACAGGCACAGCUAAUGCAGAGUGCAGCGGCAGCCGCAGCAGUGGCGGCAACAAACGCGGCCGCCGCUCCCGUACAGAAUGCAGCCGCCGUGGCGGCCGCCGCCCAGCUGCAGCAGCAACAGGUGCAGCAGGCAAUCCUGCAGGUGCAGCAGCAGCAGACACAGCAAGCGGUGGCCGCGGCCGCUGCCGCAGUGACCCAGCAGCUCCAACAGCAGCAGCAGGCUGUCGUGGCCCAACAGGCUGUAGUGCAGCAGCAACAACAGCAAGCGGCGGCGGUGGUGCAACAGGCGGCGGUCCAACAGGCUGUGGUGCCCCAGCCGCAGCAGGCGCAGCCCAAUACGAAUGGCAAUGCAGGAUCGGGAUCGCAAAAUGGCAGCAACGGCAGCACGGAGACGCGCACAAAUCUCAUUGUCAACUACUUGCCGCAAACGAUGACCGAAGACGAGAUCCGUUCGCUCUUUUCCAGCGUCGGCGAGAUUGAGUCGGUGAAGCUGAUACGCGACAAGUCGCAGGUCUACAUCGAUCCACUCAAUCCGCAGGCGCCCAGCAAGGGCCAAAGUCUGGGCUACGGCUUUGUUAACUAUGUCCGGCCGCAAGAUGCCGAGCAGGCUGUUAAUGUUCUAAACGGCCUGCGACUGCAGAACAAGACCAUAAAGGUGUCGUUUGCACGCCCGUCGUCCGAUGCCAUUAAAGGCGCCAACCUUUAUGUGUCGGGGCUGCCGAAGACCAUGACCCAGCAGGAACUGGAGGCCAUCUUCGCACCAUUCGGAGCCAUAAUCACAUCACGCAUUCUGCAGAACGCCGGCAACGAUACGCAGACGAAGGGCGUAGGCUUUAUUCGAUUCGAUAAGCGGGAGGAGGCCACAAGGGCUAUCAUUGCCUUGAACGGCACUACACCAUCCAGCUGCACAGACCCGAUAGUGGUAAAGUUCUCCAAUACGCCCGGCAGCACCAGUAAGAUCAUUCAGCCGCAGCUGCCCGCUUUCCUCAAUCCGCAACUGGUGCGACGCAUCGGGGGCGCCAUGCACACGCCAGUUAACAAGGGCCUGGCCCGGUUUUCACCAAUGGCCGGCGACAUGCUGGACGUAAUGCUGCCCAAUGGAUUGGGAGCGGCGGCGGCGGCGGCCACAACGCUGGCCAGUGGGCCUGGCGGAGCGUAUCCCAUUUUCAUCUACAACUUGGCGCCGGAAACGGAGGAGGCUGCGCUGUGGCAGCUGUUUGGCCCAUUUGGAGCUGUGCAAUCGGUAAAGAUUGUAAAGGAUCCCACAACGAAUCAGUGCAAGGGCUACGGCUUUGUUUCGAUGACCAACUACGAUGAGGCGGCUAUGGCCAUUCGGGCGCUCAACGGCUACACCAUGGGCAAUCGGGUGCUGCAGGUCAGCUUCAAGACCAACAAAGCCAAGUAGAGCGGCCCAAAUGGAAGUGGAAAAAGACGCAGCGGGAGCACCAGCAUCCACAACCCAUUAUCUUGAAUCUAAACAACCUGACCACACAACACACAUAUAUAAAUAUGCAUGGUAUAACGGUAACUAAGCGCAACAAAACAGUAUGUGUACAACACACAAGAAAAAACAAGAAAUUAGCAGGCAGGAGAAAAUACUCUUUCCACUAAACGACAACGAAACGGCGGAAAUCCCCCCCAAAAAACACAAAUCUCCUCCCACAAUCCUCCCCAAAACCGCCGGCCAGAAGCGUUGCAAUAGAAAAAUUCUUCUUGUUUAGCAUUUAAGUAAAAAACAUUAACUAAACGAAGCGAGCAGAAGAAGUUAUAAGAUCGGGAGAAGCGAAUAAGGUAGGGGGUUGAGAAUGAACAAUGAGAUUUUAAGAAAUAAUAUUGCAAAAUGAAAACACACUGUGGCAGUGGCAGCUGUGAAAGGUCAAAGGUUGGCACAGUCAAGCAAGCUAGUCACAAAGCAAAACAAAGAAAUCAACCAAACAAACACAAAACACACAAAACGAAAACAAAUUUAACUUUAUUAGCAAAAAAAGAAAAUGAGAAAUUUUAAAAAUUUAUUAACUUUAAGUAAAACGCAGCAAUGAAAUCUUCCAAACAAAAGAAAGCAAAACAACAAAUCUGUUUGUUACACUUUAACUUUUUCUACCAUAAAAACUUUGAAUCUUGAUACUAAACCCAAAGCAGAAUUAAGAAAAUAGAGGAAUUCAGUGUCUACACUUUAUACAUAUACGGUGCUUACAGGACACCAGUUUGGCUUGAUCAAAAAGCGCAGGAUAAAAAGUAUUUGAGGGACAAUUAGGAGGAUCGCGCAUAUAAUAGAUAUAUAUGCAUAACAUGGAGGCUGCUACAGUAUUACAAGAAACAUAAACAUAAAAACUACAUACUUAAUAAACGAGCACGUUUAAUAAUUCUAAAAAUAUAUGUAUAUCCAUAUGUAUAUGCGAUAAUUCUAUGUCUGCCUAGAUAUACAACUAAAUAUAGAAAUUUAAAGUGUUUUUUUUAUGUUUUGUAUUUGUUUUCUACACUAAGAAAACGAAACGAAUUCCGAUUGAAUCAAGCCAAACUCAUGUCCUAUAAGCACAACCAAACUCAGUGAAAACUGAAGAAAAACAUAGAAACCAUAAAGAAUGAUUGACAGAAAGCUAGCGACGUGAAAACAAAAGUAAUACAAUAAUUUAUGCGCAAAUUUAAAAUGUUUUACUAAAGUAAAUAAUUGUUAGUGAAUAUUGAUACAGCAAAUGUGCGCGUGUGCACACAGGUGCCUGCAGAUAUAUAGUCCGCUAUGUAACGACGCAUGCUGGCGUAGGCACACCUUAUAUACUUUAUAUAAUGUAUAGUUCAAGGAGCAAGUAAGCAUAAACAAACAAAAAAAAACACUUGCUAAACCAAAACAAUUUUAGCGUUAUAAAACCAAGCGUAGCACAAAAAAUUACUAAAAACCAAACAGUAGAGCAGCAGCAACCAUUUUUUAUAUAACAAAAAAAAUGAAAAGAAAACAAGUGAAUAGGAAAAUAUUCACGAAGGAUGCAAACAAAAGUAUAGCAAAGAGGUUUUUCUAGCUAAGUGAGGUGCUAAAGGGCAAUGAAACCGGCUACGUAUUGACAAGGAUUAAUCCGAAUCCUUCUUAUAUAAGACCCUACAAACCCGUGUCCAAACCUACAACUUUUGUGGAUCUUUUGCGUUACAUUAUCAGUUGAACUUAUGUAUAUUUCGUUGCUUCUAUGGAUAGUUGAAGCGAGAGAGCAAGACACAGCACACACACACAAACAUCAGCAUAUAUAAUUUCGAUUCUUGACUAUAUAUUCCGUAUUUGAAUUUGGUUUUGUUUGAUUUCUUUGUUUGCUUUGUACACGAAUUGAAUUUAAUAAUAAGCUUUUGCAUCCAGCCCAUAAAACCAGUCAGACCCAACCAUGCAUAUUUAUACAAAUGAUUUGUGUUUGAUUUCUUUAUAGAGUUCACCUUAGGAAACCCGACCCAACCCUUUUUGAGUUCACUCUCCAAAUAGCAUAAAUUCUUGACCUAAGUUUGAACAAACAUUGAACAGAAUCCAAAAAGAAAAAUAGGAAUUUAUUUUACUUUUAUUAUUAUUACGUCACCUAGCGCUAUGUGUAAUCAGACGUAUGUAUAUUACCAUAUAUAUAUAUAUAUUUUUUUUAUAAUUAUAGGGUAAAAAAUAUUUUUUGUUUGAACAAAAUUCGCAACAAGAACUCUAGUCAGAAGAUGGAAAACAAGAAUAUUAUUAUAAUGAGGCAGCCGCAUAUAGGGAGGAAAAGUAGAUCAAAACCAAAAGAACUAUGGCAAUUCCUAGCUAAUAAAAUGAUUGAAUGAUUGAUAGAAGCCGCCUGCUCUUCCCUUUCCAAAGAUUUACCCACUUGAAACCUUUAAGCAAAAGAGAAGCAAGGCGAACGGAAAGCGUCAAAGGAGAUUUCCAGAUGAAAAUGCAAUACAUUAUACACAAUCAACUAGUUUAUUUAUAUAACAUACCCACUUAAGAACACACUGUGGGACAGGAGAACAGAAUAAAAUCUUGUGGAAGCCAGGAAUGUACUUGAUUUUGUUUAGUUCGUAUUUCUGUCAUCACAUAUUUUUACACGCAACACAGACACAAUUCUUAAUUUAAUUUAAUUAAUGAAUCCUUAUUUGCAUACAUAUAUAUGUAUACUUAUUUUUUUGUCACUGAUGAUCAAAGUAAUUGUAUUAAUUAUAAUUAUUGUGCAAUAGUUUUAAAAUGCAACUGAAGGCAAAACACAGCAACAAAUUUUCAAGUAUCUCAAAUUAUAAUUUCAUUAGGCGAGGAAAACGAGAAAUGAAAUAUUUGAUCUUAUGUAACAUAAUUGUAUGAUUAUUCUAUACACCGCAAAACAAGAAAGAAAUGCAAGCUCAGCAACAAGAACAAAAAUUUAAGAAAAUAUAUACAACAAUUAUUUUUUAAGCGCAAUUGUAUAUGUAUCACAUGCAUAUACAUAUUAAUAUCUCAUAUUUUUUCUUUACCAAUUUACCUAUUAAGUAAGCAAAGAGCCAAGAAAACAAACGAAAACGAAACAAAAAAGAUUAUUUAUUGUACUUUAUAAUUACGUAAUUUUAUUUAAUUCAAUUUGAAUUAUAUAUUCCCUUGAUUUGAACAAAGCUACAAGAAACAAGAAGAUAAUGAUAUGAUAAAGAAUUAGUCUAAUUAUACACACAACACAAGAACAGAGACCCAGGAAGGUAGAUAGAGAGAGAUAGAGAGAGAGAGAGAGAUAGAACGAGCUACAGAAGUCUAUUAUAAAAUCUAUAACUUCCAAACUCUCUCUCCUCCCAUUCUCCCCUUUUCUUAAUAUGUCUCUUUUUACUCUAAUGUGCGGUUUUUAUAUUUAAUUUUGUACGUUGUAUUAUUUCGUUCUUCAUUUCGAUUUUGUUUUACCAGAAACCUUUUUGUGUUUCAGCUUUAGUUUAAAAUUAUGAUUUUAUGCUAAACCUACUUGAAUUGUCACAGCAACAAUAACACAACACAGCUAUUUAGUUGAUAUUAUAGCUAUAUACGAUCUGUGCGUAUGUUACUGCAAACUCCUGUGAAUCCUAUCGAAUGAAUAUUUAUAUUUUGAUUAUUAUUAUUUAGUAUGACCUAUUUUUUUUUUUUUUUGGUUUGUGUAUUUUGCUUUUUGUCUAAUUUCGCAACGAACAUGUUUACUCUUAUGAUUUUCUUUGAUUUCCGCACCAAAAAAAGUAAAAAAAAAACCCAAGAAAAAUUUUCUUUCAAUAAAAAGAAAUCUUGACGAAAAUUUUAGCAUCAUUUUUAUUUGUUAUUUUUUGGUUUUGUUUGUUUUUAAAACUGUACGAUUUCCGAUUAACAACCACUUCUUUCCCGAAUCCUAUAUUUAUUUCCCUAUCUGUCUAUCUUUCUCUAUCUCUCUCUCUCUCUAUUUUAAAAACCUCAAAUCCUCUGACAGUCAGUCACAUGAAGAUGAAGGAAUCGAUCUAGUCAAGGCCCAUCUAACAAGAGGUGCCAUCGGAAUCCGUUGAUCUCAGCUAAAAAGACAUCCCCAGACAUUCCCAGUCGUGUUUGGCUUAGUCCUCGUAACUCCACGAUCUAAGGGGUAUCCCCCGUGUAAAAACAGCCCAAAGACAUGCAUUCCAGUUUUUGUUGCUUGGUGUAGACUCUGCCAGUUGCGAUAUUAUUUGUGUGCAAACAAGAAUACUUUUAAUUUGUGUAAUGCCAUUAUGUUUAGCGCUUAUGAUAAAUGAAUCUCAUAGUUUAGUUUAGCGGAGGAAGUACGGUCACCUCUCCCUUAAUUUAUAUAUUUGUGGGGAUAUAUUGCAACAAUUUCUGUGUAUGAUUUUGUCCCGCAUUUCUGUAUUGCUUAAUUCUGUGUAAUUUUUGUAAUUCUUAGAGCACAGUUUAUCUAUCAUUUCGAUGGGCAGAGAACUGGAGAUGCUUAGCGAUAGCAUUAACGAAACACAAAGGAUACCUUUACCAAUCAUUAACAAGUAUAUAAAUAUACCUUUCUAUAUAUUAUUAUGAUUAAAAUAAUGACGACGUCGACGGCGGGAAAGAGGAAACUAUUUAAUUUAUUUUAUUAACAUAUUUAUAUCGAUUAAUUAAUUAAUAAUAUUUAUCAAAUUUCAAAUGAUAUUUCAAAAUGGAAAACACUAAAAAAACGAAUACAAGCAAAUGAGAAAAAGAUAUUAAUAUUAUAAAUGUAUUUAAAAAUAUACGAUUAUGAGUUUUUCUUGCUUUUUGCAUAUAUAUGUAUUUCUCUCUAUAUAGUACAUAUCAGACACACCAAACUUUUUUUUCAAGAUUAAGUUCGUCUAUUGGUUUAUUUCAGUUUAAGUUCAGACUAUUUUGGAUAUUCUUUCAAAGUUAUAAUUGAGUUCAAAUUUUGAGAUUGUCUUUGGUAUACUAUAGGUUGGGUGUUCUUUGCGUCUUCAAUUUUAAUCACAUUUUCAUCUCAGACAGGUUUUGGUUGAUUUACGGUUCCUUUCUACCAACUAUAUUUUGUACAGUGUAUGUCAUACUAACACACACCCACAUUACACACCCAAUUCCCAAAUAUGCCUAAGUUUGUUGUGUGUUCUCUCUCGAAAAGAGUAUGCCCUUUGUUUGCUCUUAUGAUUUCGCUCAGAGUAUUUUCACGUACGCUUUUUUGCUCCCAGUGUAUUGAGCCAGCUGAGAAGGAAGAUAAAACUAUGAUGAUGAUGAUAUGGCAUUGCCUUAUAAGGAAGACGAACUGAUCCGAUUUUGGUAUUUAAGUUGUUCCCCUUUUGUUCCGUUCCUUCUGUUGUGCAUAUGUAUGCAAGUAUACACAUGUAUUUAUAAAUAUAUUAAUAUUUAUUAAUGGAUAUGUUUAAGGGCAUACAUACACAUAUAUUACCGAUCGAUAUGUAGCCGAUUUUGGUUUCCGGAGUUCCGGUUUUAAGUUUGUUGUUGCCGUUGUUAAACAUUGUAUUGUACGUAUCCUCACUUACUAUUUUUGUUUCGUGUGAUUUUCGGUAAGUAAUCGGAGAAGAUAGCGCAUCGAAGAUCGGAAUAAGUCUAUCGCCAAUCUCAACUAAUUUUGGCACACAUUUUUUCCUAAUAAACAUUUGGCAGCAAAACUGAUGAUUUCUCUAAAUGUUUUCAUUCUCGUUUUAUUGAUCUGUUUGUAGCAAAAUAAAAACAGUAAAGCUAACACAUGCAUAUCCAGCAGCAAAAAGUAUAAUAAUUUAUAAAGAAUUUUCUAAUUUAUUUCUUUCUCUUGAUUUAUUUCCAGGUGUGUGUUAUUGUUGUUCGUUCGAUUUUGAAUUGAAUUUAUGAAAAAAGAAACAACCAAAAAACAUUUUCAAACACAUUUCUUCAAGUUGAAUUUCAAUUGAAUUAAUUGAUUACUUGGUUAAAGCGAUAAUGAUUGUGUAUAUAUAUUGAUUGAUUAACACUUAAUAUUAACUGUACUUAUUUGAAGCAUAAACCACAGAUGUCCACAGAUCCCAGUCCUUUAUUCCAAAUCCCGGAACUCCCCCCAAUCGAUGCACAUACAUGAUUUGUAUUCCUCGUACACACACGUACACAUACAGGAAUCACUUACGUUUCGGAUUGUAUUUUCCAUAACAAAAUCUAAGCGAGCAACAGAAUAUUUUGAAUUUCAAGGAAUUGGAACUUAAAGGCUUUUUCUAGUAAAUAGAUUUAAUUUUUAACCAGCCAAGCACAAUCCACCGUCUUCACAAUCACUCCUUAUCAGUAUUUAGGGUAGUCAGACAAAUAUACAGCGAACUUAUAAAACCUUGCUAACGUUGAGUCAAAACUUUUUUUUACAUAGAUCCAGAUGCCCUUUAUUUUUUUAAACAUUCAACAUAAGAUAUAUUGAUCGGUAUUAUUUAAAGGAUUUAAUAUUUUUCAAAUACAAUCGUAGUACGCGUGAAUGUAUUUAUCCUGUGUAAGAAAUAUUAUUUGGAGUUAUACUCGAUUGAGUAAGCAAAUUAAUAUAUUUCUUGAGUUAAUUAGGAAUCUCCGACUGAUGUAAAUAAAUCUGAUUUCGAUUUUCAUUCUUAUUUCGGUUUUCAUCUUGUGCCAGUCAUUCGUCCGUACAAUGUGAUUAUUUGUGAUUUGUCAUAUAUACAUACUCGUAUAGGAAUGAAUAUUCCUAGUAAUAAACCUUUGUUGUACAUUUUGAGUUCGAGCCAAGAAGAAUUUAAGUUUUAUCCCAAUGCCAAUAAGCCGAACAGCAAAGGCUCCGACCACGCCAACCCCCCACCCCGUGGUCUUAUAUGUAAUGUCUAGUUAUAGAGCGCUAUAUAGAUACGAUUUUACAUCGUGAAAACGUAGAGCUGAAAUCUUUGUUUAAUUUCCGGGAUACCCCGCAGCUUCCUUAUUUACAUUGUGAUCUCUGAUUUAAUCUUUCUUCAGUUGACAUUUGAAACACCCUUUCGACUGACUUUCCAAAACCGAAAGAAAAACCGAACUGCCCAAGGCAAAAAGCAAUGUGUAAAUUGAAUAAUCUAAAUAAAUAAGCAAAUUAAAGGUUGAUAGCAACUACACGCAAAGACUGAGGCAAGCACAAAAAAUAAAAAUGAAACCAGAGAAAAAUCGAAAAACAGGAGUCAAAGCAGAGUCAAUAAAGCGAAAUAAGUCAUAGUACGUUAAGGCAACUGUGAUAAGGCGAACAAACCCCCCGCCAAGAACCCCCCUUCAGCAAACCACCACCCAAAAACAAAAUAUAUAUAUAUUAAGUACAAUACAAUGGAAUAAAUGACACUAUGACCGAGA